AUAUAUCUACAAAUAUGUAGAGGUUGCUGUAGGACCAUGCAGACCGUAGUAUGAUGUCAUUGAUAUUUGUAGACCUGUACGAACCUCUGGAAUUCGCAUAGAGACCUGUAGGCAAGGUGCAUGGACAGAUAUGUGAUCAUAAUAUCAUACCUGUAUAUAUCUCACCUGUUUCUCAGUUAUAAUAGCGUUAUAAAUUAGUACAUCAUGGUUAAACACACAGACGGGGGAUAUUUAAAUACUCUGAUAUGCUUAACCAAGCAGAUAAUAAUGAAUUGAAUGAAAACUUUCUCUUAAGUGACUUCUGUCUGGAAUGUGCCUGUUACACAGCGAAAGCAUGGAGGUGUCGGCUGUCAUAUCUGAGAUUUACCUUAAUGUUUUGUAGGCUGUUGAACUGUUCACUCAGGAUUGCCUCAUGUACAUUUAUAUACUUACGUUUUCAAGUGUCGGUUAACAGAUAGAUAAUAUACCUGUGGGUUCGUCCACUGUCGGGGUGACAGACAACGGCAUGAUUUACCUACACAGGUAUAAAGUGUCACCAGGCUCGAUAGCUCCUCUUCUCCCAGGAAUGAGUUAAAAAUGGAAAGUGUCUGAUGGGAAUUGAUACAAUAGUGUUUUUUUACUUUCGUUUAUUGCUUGGAUUAAGAGAAAACCACUUAAAUGUUCUUUGCCGUAUUCUCUGCUCCUGAACUUCAGGAACAGAUAAUACUGAAAGUUCAUGUAAAUGACCUUGACCAACGAUGUAUUGAGGUUCCUGUGACCCCUGACACAACCUGCUCAGAUGUCUUAUCUCUGGCCCAGGAGCCCGGGGGUGGGGCUACCUACUGCCUGGUACAGACAUGGAAAGGUCAAGAGCAAAUACUGAAGGAGGAUGAAAAUAUCUAUGAGUUUCUCAAACAGUGGAAUGAUCAAGAUGAUGAAAUAAAAUUUGUCCUUCGUCGUGUUGUCCCUGGAGACUCCAGCGUGGGGGAUACUUUGAAGGAGCAAGGAGCCAAUGGGAGAGGAAGAAGGUACCAGAACGAGAUGCGAGAUUCAGCCGGUGUCCCCUAA